AUGCCACGUAAGCAAAGCACACCUAACAAACCUCGUAAGCAAAGCACACCUAACAAGCCUCGUAAGCAAAACACACCUAACAAACCUCGUAAGAAACAAACGCCUAACACAACACCGAAACCAGCUGUUGAAGAAGUUGUUGUCUCGUCAAGCAGAGCCAAAAAGAAAGAAGAAAAAACAGUUGAAGAAAUAUAUCAAAAGAAAUCUCCAGUUGAACAC